AUGGUGUUUUCGUCGACCACACUGAUGGCUAGUGUCAUUUCAGCGGCACUUGCGGGUGCUGCAAUCGGUCUUUAUAUGGGAACACAAUGUGUGUCCGUAUGUCAAAAGAAAAGUAGAAAGAAUGGCAUCAUGCGGAGCUUUACUUGCCUUUUGUGUCGCAAAGAGAAGAAGGAUUUCCCUAAACGCUUGAUCUUGGUGCGUCACGGAGAAUCGGAAGGCAACAUUGAUCCUUCACUGUAUGGUCGUGUGCCAGACAAUGCAAUGCACUUGACGGAACUCGGCUAUGAGCAAGCAUUGGCAGCUGGCAAGUCCAUUAAAAAUAUUGUUGGAAAUGAAACUAUGCGUUUUAUUGUUUCCCCGUACGUGCGCACAAUUGAGACAUUUAGCGGUAUCCUAAAAGCCUGGGGUUUUCAGGGUAAAUCUAUUCCAUGGAGUGAGGAACCGCGAAUUCGUGAGCAAGACUUUGGAAACUUUCAGGAACCUAUGAGAAUUCGAGAAUGCAAAGCGCAACGCCGGCGGUUUGGCUCCUUCUUUUACCGAUUUCCGAGCGGUGAGUCACCCGCUGACGUUUACGACCGCGUAUCAAGCUUCCUUGAGUCACUGUACCGUUUGUUUGAAAAGUCAUCCGAGGAAAAUUAUGUGCUUGUGACGCAUGGCGUAGCAAUCCGCGUGAUUCUUACCCGGUAUUUCAAGUACCGCAUCAGCGAAUUCGAAAUGCUUGAGAAUUUCCACAACGGCGAGCUCGCUGUUCUUGAAUUUAACGAGCGUCUCGGAAAAUUUAUGCUCAAGACAAUCGUAUCAAACCACGUGCAUAUUCAUGAUGACGGUAGUGUUUCUGUCACGACGGAUGAGACUACACAAUUGCGACUUCACUCGAGUGAAACCAUGUCGUCUGUGACAAAACCGUACGCAUCAUCUCCAAUUAAUCAUUUUAGACACCCUCCCCCGCCGUCACCUCCGGUAUCAAGCACAGCAUCAUCACCACGGCAAGAGAGUGCAGCAAUUUUUCCAUCGACUCCGACCUUAAGUAUUUUUCUGAUUCCGGUAAUCGGUCGUCGUAUGCCUGCCAAGCUCUCGGGUAAAGAUCUUUGUAAACGCGGAACUCCAGCGGGCGAUAUUCCAAUUCCAGAAGCACUCGGCAUUGUAUCAGGACUUGUAUACGUCGUGGCACUAGUCGCGACGGUACUCAUCGUCGUUGACAAUGCUGACGUAAGGCGAAUGAUGGCCUGGGGCAUUAUCAGUAUCUUAUCCAUGAUUUUGCUCGGUUUCACCGAUGACCUAUCGGAUCUUCGCUGGCGCCACAAACUAUUGUUUCCGCCACUGGCCUCGCUACCACUACUCAUUAAUUACGCCGGACUUACAGCCGUCGUACUGCCUAAACCGAUUCACUUUUUGUUUGAGAAGGACACAUUCCUGUAUACGGUUUUAAAUCCAAUUGUACCGCUUAGUGAUGGUGGCGAAAUCGCAGAGCUUGGACUUUUCUAUUACCUCUACAUGGGCAUGAUGGCAGUGUUUUGCACCAAUGCAAUCAACAUUUACGCUGGAGUAAACGGGCUGGAAGCUGGUCAGUCAUUUGUGAUUGGGGCUGCUGUUAUUGUACAGAAUGUAUGGCAGAUUGUGCUUGGUCAUGACAAUGAACAUUUUCACUACCUAUCGCUCAUGUUUAUGGUACCAUAUCUGGCCACCACGCUUGGUUUGCUCAAGCACAAUUGGUACCCGUCACGUGUGUUUGUUGGCGAUACGUUUUGCUACUACGCUGGUAUGACAUUUGCCGUGUGCGGCAUCCUUGGUCACUUUAGCAAGACACUGCUGCUAUUUUUCUUUCCGCAGGUUCUCAACUUUCUGUACUCACUUCCGCAGCUGUUGAAAAUCGUACCUUGUCCACGUCACCGGCUGCCAAAGUUUAACGCAAAGACCGGUCUAUUAGAGCCAUCAACCAUUACCCCCGAGUCCACGCGAUCCAACUUUACAAUCAUCAAUUUGUUUCUCGUUGUGUUCGGCCCCAUGAAGGAAAAACAUCUUGUGAUGGCGCUUCUUGCAUUUCAGAUGCUAUGCUGCUGUCUCGCUUUUUAUAUUCGAUACGGUAUCAGCGGCUACUUUUACGACUUUGUUCAGUAA